AAUGUUUACAGAAGCGCCGAGGUCGUUUCUUCAGUCUUGGGACUUCCAUCUUUCAACUGACAGCACACUGUGUUGAUAUCACACAGAGCUUCCGGCACAUCGCGUUUGUUGUUUAUAUCAUACGCAUGCGCGCACGUCUUACAAGAUUUUCCUUAUAUCAAUAACCUCGCAUGUGAUUGGAGGAGCCCGACAGGCUUCUCGCCUUCGUCCAAUCACGUGCGAGGUCAUGGCCAAGGCUCACACAGCACUGUCGAAGAGCGUAACAGACGUUUGGUUUGGUGUUUGUAACUCUCCAAGAAGAGAAGACGGCUGCACAAUCUCAAGAUUGUGGAGGCUGUACAGCGUCUCUGAGGCACACUGCAGGCGCUAUGAACCAGAGCAAAGACUAACGUCGCCUCAUAACAAAGCCGUGACCUCCGAUUUGCUUGGGGCUAUUUCAGCAAGUCCAGCUUUACUGCUGAGAAUGACGACAUUGUUUCUGCCCGUAAGACGUAUUAUGAGUCGGUACGCCGGAGUUUCAGAUACAAACAACCUGAACUCGCAUCGCAGGCGGAAAAUGCGAAAAGUUUAGCUCGUUGUCGAUCCAGAAGAAAAAGGUUGCUGGAAGCGAGACGAAGUGUGCUGGCUGAGGAUGAGAUGGACAUUUGGAAGUGCGCCACCAUAGAUCUCAUAUCUGAUGAGGAAGACGGCAUUGUUGGCGGGGUGUCUGGAUGGAUUGUGCGGCCACCGCCCUCUCGCAACCUGGAACUCUCCGAGCUCUGUGCCACGCUGCAAUCCAGAUUAAAGGCGAUACCAAAGUACAGAGCAACUCACCAUAUACGCCUGAAAAAGUGACUUUUUUACAACGGUUUUGAUUUUUUUUCAAGACUUUGAUCACUUUUUUUUUCAACACUUUGAUCACUUUGAAAAAUAUUUUUAGGGAUCUUUCCCGAACGUCUUAGGCACUUUUUGACGUGUUUGGAGGACAAUAUAAGAUACAUUAUGC